AUGCAGCGCGAGCCCAAGUGGUUCAAGCGACCAGCCGGUGCCUUAUUUGGAUAUGGCGGGAAACUGGUCACCUUCAGCCGUACAGAUGGUGCCAAUGUGAAGGUUCUCAAGGUUACUACAGACACCGAUCUGGUGAGUAAAGCCACCAAUCUCAGCAACGCAAUGGCGCAGGGCAACUUUGUGGACUUCUGCCAGAACAAGGCCCUGGAGGCGAGUGCCGGGCAGAAUCGCGAG